AACAAUCAUAUCUCGUUAACGUGAUCCUAUAAGUGCACCCAACAGAUCGAAGUACAAAUCAAUAUCAGUCAAAGCCCAGGCAUCGCAACAUCAUCCCAUUCCAAACUUGGUAAGAGCUACAUUCAUAGCUCCCGCUCAAAAUUAUCUUGCUCACCUUCAACUCUUUGUUACGAGCACAUUCCCCUUAAUACAGAAGUGCACCACGUGCUUCCCGCCAAUUUCUUUGUUCCGUGUCAUCGAGUCGCCUUGCCGGCAAAAUGAUUCUGGCCACGGUUCUUAUGAUCUUUGUCAGGGUCCUGGUGGGCAUUUACACGUUCCUGUCCUACCCCAUCUACGCCCUAAUCUACCAUCCUUGUUGGGGUCGAAGCCGCCGUCACUCGCCCAAUGAAGCCAAGGCUCGCAUCGUAUCCAGGACCGGGAAUGAGGUCACUUUUCGGGCCAUCCCGUAUCCUAGUCCGGUUCGGGACGCGAUUUUAUCCCAUCCGGAUAAUAUAAACACUAUGGAGGAGCUCUUCCGGUUCAUGGUCAAGAGGUACGGCAAUAGACGAGCUUUGGGAACGAGGACGGUGAUCAAGGAAGACACGGAGAAGGGUCCCAAUGGGAAGAUCUUCAACAAACUGGUUUUGGGUGAAUAUCAGUGGCUCAAGUACACCGAUUUGGAUGUCCGCGCUGAUCAGUUUGGACGAGGCAUCCGCGAAUUGGGCGUGCAUCCCCGGGAAAGGAUUUGCAUAUUUGCAGACACUCGGGCGGAAUGGAUGACCUCGGCCUUGGGCUGCUUCAAGAAUAGCAUUGGCCUGGUCACCAUCUAUACCAAUCUGGGCGAUGAAGGCAUCGUGCACGGGAUUAGUCAGACGGAAGUGACCACCGCCAUCACAUCCCUGGACCUUCUACCGAAGCUCAUCCAUGUCUUGCCUGAUGUCCCCAAGUUGAAGAAUAUCAUCUUUUUCGAAAACAAACUCAAGCCUGAACCUGAGCCUGUGAAAGAUGUAAAUCUGUACUCUUACUCGGAUGUAUUGGCAUUGGGACAAAAAUCCUCGAUUGCCGCAGCUUCACCUAAUAGCUCGGACACGGCCAUCAUUAUGUACACGAGUGGAUCCACGGGUGUACCCAAAGGCGUGGUUCUGACGCAUGGUAACAUGGUGAGCGGGGCUUUGUCCAUUCUGCCUCUGGCUGAUGCAGCCCUGGCCAAAAUAGGCAGGCCCGUGAAUGAGGAGGAUGCCUACAUUGCGUUCCUACCUUUGGCCCAUGUUCUCGAGAUGUUAGCCGAGACUGUGAUGUUACUUCUCGGCGUCAAAUUGGGCUACUCAACACCCAACACUCUAACUGACAAGGGCACCAUGAUCAAGUCCGGAGCCAAGGGGGAUGCCACUCUUCUCCGACCGACCGUGAUGUGUGCGGUGCCACUGAUACUGGACCGAAUCUAUAAGGGCAUCAAGCUCAAUAUUUCGCAACGAAGCGAAUUCUCCCAAAAGCUCGUCAACUUCUGCAUUGAAUACCGCAAGUACUGGGUCGAGCAUGGCUACGACACCCCGAUCAUGAACAAGCUCAUCUUCUCCAAAAUGCAAAGCAUCGUGGGAGGCAGGUUGAAGAUUCUCUUGAGCGGAGGUGCACCCUUAUCAGAGGAUGCCCAUGCCUUCAUCCAGACCUGCCUUGGAUGCUCUCUUCAUCAAGGCUAUGGCUUGACCGAGACUUGUUCAACCGCUUGCAUAACAGCGCCCGGUGAUGUUCGCACUGGAAUUGUAGGUCCACCCCUAAUGGGGGUCGACCUAAAGAUCGUGGAUGCCCCCGAAUUGGGCUACACGGUCAGAGAUACUAAUGGCCCGCGGGGAGAGAUUGUGAUCGGAGGGCAUCACGUGGCCAAGGAGUAUUACAAUAUGCCCGAGAAAACGGCCGAAGAGUUCUACCAAGAAGAUGGGAAGCAAUUCUUCAAGACGGGCGAUAUCGGUUGGGCUCUUCCGGACGGAAGUGUGAAGAUCAUUGAUCGUAUGAAAGAUCUGGUCAAGCUCCAAGGCGGAGAAUACGUUUCGUUGGGGAAGGUCGAAUCCAGUCUGAAGACGCAUACUCUUAUCGACAACAUUUGCGCUUAUGGCGACUCGCACGAGAAUGCUAUGGUGGCCUUAAUUGUGCCAGACGAGGCCAAGCUCUUGGAAUUGGGCAAGGAAUUGGGAAAAGAGGCCAAAGAUGUGGAGGGAUUGUGUCGAGAUCCUCAAGUUGUCAAACACGUGACCGAGUCUGUGAUCCAAUAUUCUCAGAAAGCCAAGCUUCAAAAGUUCGAGAUUCCACGUCAAGUUCAUCUCAUUCCUGAGCCUUGGACUCCUGAAUCUGGAUUAGUCACCGCAGCAUUCAAGCUCAAGCGCAAACCCAUACAGCAAAAGUAUGCGCAAGACAUUGAAGACAUGUACAAUCUUCUGGAGCAUCCCAAUUCCGUGUCACUGAAGAUACAGAGCAAGAAAACGAGCAACAAAAUUAGUCCCAAGAGUAAAUAAGUACACCGUGUCUUUCAAAAUCGAGUGCCCCUGUACCUUGCCAAAGCACUCCAUUGAUUCACGCACCUUUUUUUAUAUGUAUUCAUUGUUUCGUAUUUGUUACCUAGACGAAAAAAGGAGAAUAUUCAUUCUGUACCCCCACCCCCACUACCAUCUUUUCGCACUAGAUCGACAAACGUUUAAGUUUUAGUGUUUUUAUUGUGGAAUACACGUUUUAUCGAAUUCA